AUGCCACGUUGCUGCCUCCAUAAAAUGGGCUCAUGGGAUUUCCCCUGCCCCCACGCUGUAAAUCGAGGUCCGUCAAAUGUACAACAAUUUAUCACUGACCAUUGCCCAGUUUUGUGUUAAUGUUUGAACAUGGCCAUAAAACAAUUACAUCAUCUUACCUCUGACCAGCCUUUAAGGCAAAAGGACCUUAUAAAACCAAGCUCUGCUCACCAGCAAGGCACCUUCUCUUGCGUUGGGAGCACAGAGAGCCUUUCCAUCAUGAGCUUCACUGGAAAGUAUGAGCUCCAGUCCCAGGAAAACUUUGAGCCCUUUAUGAAAGCCAUGGGGCUUCCCGAUGAACAGAUCCAGAAAGGGAAGGACAUCAAGAGCGUCUCAGAAAUCGUGCAGGAUGGGAAGAUGUUCAAAAUCACAGUGACCACCGGCUCCAAAGUGUUGCACCAAGAGUUCACCAUCGGGGAGGAGUGUGAGCUGGAGAUGCUGUCGGGGGAGAAAGUCAAGGCUGUUGUUGAGAUGGAAGGUAACAACAGACUGAUUGCAAACCUGAAAGGGAUCAAAUCCGUCACUGAACUCAACGGAGACACCAUCACCGUUACUAUGAACAUGGGAGACAUCACCUACAAGAGGGUCAGCAAGAGAAUUUAGGAACCCCACACACCCCCAUCAUUUUACUGUGUAAAAUGUGUCCAUUAAAGUAAAAUUUGUAUUAAAGGCCUUUUCAUUAU